CUGUUAUAAAAUUAAGUUCCGGUGAAGUCUUCUUUGUAUGGAUAGUUAAAAGUCUUACCCCUAAAUAAGUAUGAUAGGCAUCUAAAUUGGCUGUUAGACCUAUAGUUCUUGACUUAAAAUGAUCUAGAGUCAAAAUCUGGUAAUUACUGGAAUCAAUUAACUGGAAGCUGAUAUUAUAGAUGCUCAUCCAACUUGAAACAAUAGUAGUGCAAGUGAGCUGAAAAUUUGAAUUUAUCUCAUGUAUAUAAUCUUAUGUCAUGCAACAAUGCUUGUUAUUUGUAAAAUUAUAGGAUGGUUUGAAGAUGGGGAAGUCAUUAGGAAAUACAACUGAACCAAACGACUUGGUUCAUAAAUUCGGGUCUGACGCGGUGAGGACCGUGAGGUACUUCUUCGUCAGGGAGGUGGAAUUUGGUAGUGAUGGGGAUUAUUCAGAAGACCGUUUUAUCAAUAUUGUCAAUGCGCAUCUUGCCAAUUCAAUUGGAAAUCUGCUUAUCCGCACUCUGGGGCUUCUUAAGAAGAAUUGCCAACCGACUUUGAUAAUCGAUUCAAGUAUUGCAGCUGAAGGAACCACAUUCAAGGACACUGUGGAGAAGUUGGUCGAAAAAGUUCGGGUUGAUUAUGAAAACCUCUCACUGUCAUCUGCUUGUGAGGCUGUUCUUGAGAUCAGCAAUGCUGGAAAUUCAUACUUGGAUGGGCGUGCACCAUGGUCUCUCUUUGAGCAAGGGGGUGCUGCAAGUGAUGCUGCUGCAAAGGACCUUGUGAUAAUAUUAGAAGCAAUGAGGAUAAUAGCAGUUGCAUUAUCCCCUGUCACACCAAGUUUAAGUUGGAGAAUUAAGGAUCAGUUUGAUGCUGCUACCUGGAGUGACACCAAGUGGGGUGGGCUUAAAGGGGGUCAGGUCUUGGCUCAACCUCAACCAAUCUUUGGAAGAAUUGAAAGCAAGGCAGAGGCAGAAAAUGGAAUGGAAUCACCAAAAAGAACAAGUUACCACAACCCCAGCAGGUGGUUUGAAGCGUAA